GACCCAAAGACAGAUCCUAUUUACGAAAGAAUAUCGACGCACUACAAGCCGCCAAUAUGAGCAACGAGCAGACCUUCAUUGCCAUCAAGCCUGAUGGCGUCCAGCGUGGCCUGAUCGGCCCCAUCAUCUCCCGCUUCGAGAACCGUGGCUUCAAGCUCGCCGCCAUCAAGCUCAUCACCCCCUCCAAGGAGCACCUCGAGAAGCACUACGAGGACCUGAGCGACAAGCCCUUCUUCCCCGGUCUAAUUGCCUACAUGGGCUCCGGCCCCGUCUGCGCCAUGGUCUGGGAAGGUCGUGACGCCGUCAAGACCGGCCGCUCCAUCCUCGGCGCCACCAACCCGCUCGCCUCCGCGCCCGGCACCAUCCGUGGCGACUACGCGCUCGACGUCGGCCGCAACGUGUGCCACGGCUCCGACUCGGUCGAGAACGGCAAGAAGGAGAUUGCCCUGUGGUUCAAGGAGGGCGAGGUCCAGAGCUGGAAGUCUGCUCAGUUCGACUGGGUUUACGAGAAGCCGUAAGCGUGUCACGCUGAUGGGGUACGGUUGGCAUGGGAGUUGCGGACGCUUGUUGAAAGGCUAGAUGGACUGGUGUCUAGUAGCCAGGAUUGGCGAAGGGCACGGUUUGGUCUGGUGGAGUAGCGAAGUGUCUGCGAUGAAGGUGCUGGUUGUUACUCUGAUGUGGCUACGAGGAUAUGAUCGCGAUGAAAAGGAACAUGAUGUAGAAUCAAAUGGGACACAAUGCAUGAUCUCAAGA